UAGAUCUUCGUCCAAGUUAAUGGUGGCCAUUUAUUGUCUGUCUUAUUAAUACCAUCCAUUAGAUUAUUGUUUGAAUCUUGGCUCGCUGCAUUUUCCACCAUUUUUAAGAUGUUUGGCAUCGCAGCUAAAUUAACUUAACCUUUGGCUCCGUCAUUGCACAGCCUUCACUAUUCUCCACCAGCCUCUCCAUGUCUCUGCCAGUGUCUGGUUUGUCCUUGGCAAUGUUGCACACAUCCAGCUGUCUGUCUCAGCUUUUCAGGAGACACGAACUGAUCAUCGAUCUCCAUGUAUACGAAACACAUUAGAUUUUUUAGUGCCUUUAUUUUGUCUAAGCUUUGACAGUAAUGGUGCAGGAACGUGCAAAAUAAGAGCUGCAAAGACAAACCCAUAAAUAUGACAAAUCACUAUAGUAAAUGAGGAAUCUGCCCACUUCCCACUUAAAUAGUAUUUGUUUUUCUUCGAUUACCGCCGAGCAAUAAUAACUUUCGGAAUAUUUUGAAUAGAUAAUCACCUUGAUUUAUCUUCUUAUAGUUAACAUUUCCCACUAGAUGUCAAAUUGAAAAACAGUGUUGUUAUUUAGGGAACUUUUUGCUUUGUGAGUCUAGACUUAGACGAAUCUACAGCUAAAUAAAAUCUAAGAUCUGCGUAGGUUAUAUUUUAACAGCAGGGACGUCAACUGAAACGGACUCCAACUGUAAGCAAGUGAGUUUAACUAGCAUAACAAUCAAUUGUUAACAAAGGUGAACAAAGGCGAUUAUUUAUAGGCAUGUUUCUUUAGAAUGAAUUGUCGCACGCCUUUCUGAUUAAGGAGGAGGCGGGAGCAGCAGAAAAUGCGUUUGGGAACCGUGCGGUGGUUUUGUGUGUGCGCACCUCCCCUCUCGCGCGUAAAGAGCCUCCUUUCUCUUUACGGAUCCUGUUUUCUGCUCUUCAUGCCAGAGCCUGCAGCUGUCUCAGUUGCGUCCCACUGCCGCUGUUGUGGGAAAUCGUCGUCCCGCGUGACGAACAGACAGCAGAUUUUCCACUCCCUUAAAGUGUAUCAGCGCCAGCCCGAAGGAAAUCGCAACUUUUAAUCAAUUUCCAUUACUGGAAGGAGACGGAAGGAAUACCUGACAGCUCGUGACGCCCCGUCAGCGUGUUGACUGAAAUCUGUCCAACUGUGAAGGCUUCAGGAAUGUGGAAUACAACUCAGCCUCAACGUGAAAGGACGUUCCACUGCCCCUGACACCAUGACCACAGACUUGAACUUGACCUCUCUAAUGAAUGUGACAGAGCUUCAUAACCACACAAGAGGAUGUUCCCUCACCAAGACAGGUUUCCAGUUCUAUUACCUGCCCACUGUUUACAUCCUAGUUUUCAUUACUGGACUGGUGGGCAACAGCUUGGCCAUUUGGAUGUUUGUUUGCCAUAUGAGACCCUGGAGCAGCAUCUCUGUCUACAUGUUCAACCUGGCAUUAGCUGACUUUUGCUACGUCCUCUCACUGCCUUUCCUCAUCUUCUACUACUUCAACAAAACAGACUGGAUAUUCGGGGACGUUCUGUGCCGACUGCAGCGCUUUAUAUUCCAUGUGAAUCUUUAUGGGAGUAUUCUGUUUCUGACCUGCAUCAGUGUUCACAGGUACACUGGGGUGGUGCACCCGCUCAAGUCUCUGGGUCGACUGAAGAAGAAAAAUGCAGUUAUUACCAGUGCACUGGUGUGGGUUUUGGUUGUUAUCAGCAUGUCCCCCAUCCUUUACUAUUCCCGGACUGGCUUAAAGCGUAACGCAACCACUUGUUACGACACCACCACAGUGGACGAGUUGCCGGGGUAUUUCAUCUACAGUAUGACUUUGACGGUGUUUGGGUUCUGCAUCCCAUUUAUUGUCAUUUUUUGCUGCUAUGGCAUGAUUGUCAAAGCAUUAAUCUGCAAUGAGAUGAACAAUGCGCCUCUGCGGCAGAAAUCCAUUCACCUAGUUAUCAUAGUGCUUGCAGUCUUUGCCGUCUCCUACCUGCCUUUCCAUGUGAUGAAGAACCUCAACAUGAGGGCCAGGCUGUACUUCCAAACCCCUGACAUGUGUGAGUUUAAUAACCGCGUCUAUGCCACCUAUCAGGUGACGCGGGGUCUGGCCAGCCUCAAUAGCUGUGUGGAUCCUAUUCUGUACUUCCUGGCUGGAGACACCUUCAGGAGGAAGCUGUCACGGGCCACUAAAAAGACUUCGAGGAAAGGAGAGAAUGUCCUUCAAUCAAAGAGUGAUGAAGCAGUGCUUAACAGCCUAACUGAGUAUGUGGAGAAUGGGGGCCGGAGGCUGUAAUGAGAUACCUGUGUGUACCAGGUUGUGGAUCUCUUUUAGCUUUAGAAAACAUUUUGGACUUGGCAGAAAUAAAUGCAGUGUGUGUGGCCUGAACACUGUAUGUAGAAUUCAUUGGACAACAGUUUAUAAAACUAGGAUAAAUAGUCAUUUUAACCCUGUGAUAAAUAUCGCUUGCUUGCAGCCUGUUGAUAUUGAUAAGCUACUGUACUGUAUCGUCCUGUACUUGUAUUGUACUUUAAAUGGUAGAGCAAUCACUCUUCUUUCUUAUCAUUAGUAAUCAUUGUGAUGAACCAGGCUCGGGGAAAUAGGUUUUCCUACAGGCACUAAAAACCUGUUCAUUUAUUUGUUCAGUAAAAAUAGGACUUAGAAGCACAUUUUCUAUUCACAAGCUGAUGUUUAAUAAUCAAUAGCUAUUGAACACCUAAGAGCUUGUGCCUAAGGAAGUGGACAUGGGAUGAUGUUUUUUUUCCUUUAGAGGAAAAAACUAAAUGCACUGAACCUGAGAUUGCUGCAUGGAUGUGCCAUACAGACAUUGUAAUGCACUAAAAUUGGGACCUCUCCCUUUAGAGGGCUAUCUAUCCCUCCUCCUUUCUUUCUACAUCCAUUACUGAAGGGGUGUGAAAUGUGGUCAACUACUUUUUCAUUCUGACAGCUCCGAGGUGAAGGUCUCCAACGGCUCUGUUACCGCAAGCUUUCACUCCUUUUACCUACUAAAAUAAUGACAGUAUUUUGUGUAUAUGAUACUAAAAAUAAUAUCUUUGUUUCUCUUAGGUGGACUAUGCAGAAUAUUGUGAUGUUCCAGAUUAGUUUUGUGUUUUUAACUGUCGCUAUUUUUAGUGCAGAUUUUCAUACAUGAGCCUACUAUCAAAAUCCAUUAUCAGUAUCAUCAGACUGAAUCACCAGAACAGGUUCUGAGUACUCGAGUGUAUAUUACAAAAUAAAGACUAUCAGCUUUUAAAUGAUCUAAACGCAUAAACGCACAUACUUUAUAACCUGCUUCGUGACUCAAUCCGCAUAUUGAAGAUUUUUUUGUAUGAGAUACCUCAAAGUAACUGGUGCACUGUGUCCGAGUUUUGGCAGAUAAUCACUUCUGUUGUGUAUCUGUUGUAAACAUUCUGGAGAAAUUAUCGGUAUAUAUUUUACCCUGGUCUGUGUAAAUGUUUGCUGUCUGUACUUCCUUUGUAAAUCUGUAAUGUGGUCAUUUAUAAGUGUCAAGGAAGGAAGUAAAUUAGUUAUACAGGAGAUACGGGGCCACACAUAUCUGUGUCAGUACAUCUUUGUAUUUACAGUCGACAAUUUAUAAGCACUUGUAUAAUUUCACCAUGUUUGUACCAGCUGCAUGCACCCUCGCUUAAAUGUUCGCAGAGGUGUGAGAGAACAAACGCCACUUGUUUUGGAGACAUUCGUGCAGAGCUCUGUUCUCGCUGCUCCCCCUUGUUUUCAUCACUGCUCUUGACUUUCUCUUUUAGCACAGCUAGGAGGAAAUGAGGGGACGAGUCAGGAAUAAAGAGUGGCACCUUUUCCUCCUGGCUUAUCCUAAGACUUCCUUUGUGUCCGUCACAAUGCCACAGACCCAUUGAAGCAGACAGGGGUGUGAAGCUGUCGCCAGGACCCGGCGGCGGUGCAGUGUUGCGGGCACAGGAAAGCAACCAACCCUCUUCCUCCACACAGCGCCCGUGAAUACAAACGGCUUUUGAUUUCCUGGCUUUGAGGUGCAAACUGCAUAUCUGGCCUUUGCAAAUGUGUGUGUGUAUGUAUUCGCUGUUUGUGCGUGUGUCUGUAUGAGACAGCCUGAAGGCAAUGAAGACCUUAUUCCAGUGA